AAAAACAUCUUAAACUGUUUUGCUGGUCUUAUAAUGUGGUCAGGCUGGUCUGUAAUGUGGAGAGGUUUUGGGGACCAAAACUGUGGAGCAGACUUGACCUAAUUUCAUUUAAAUUAUUUAAAACACUAAAAUGUUCUUAGCAGGUAUUUGCAAAAUCAAUUUCAUUAUUAACAUUAGAAUGCAAGACUAAUAUUCAGUAAACUGCAUAGACAACAUGGAAGAGUCAGCUGGGUAUAGUGCGUUUCUUAAGGACAGUUGUCUUGUCGCAACAAUAUUUCCCGCGCCUCAUUUUACAGAUGUACUCUAACUUUAUUGCUACUUCCAUCCAGGGAGAGGCUGUUAAGUUUAAGUUUUCACAGAAGAGAGUUGUUUGUCACAAGCAGAACGUCAGCACAGAUGCGCACCUGACCUCAAACACGUGUCGCUUGACGCUUACAUUUAUUUGCUCUCUCAUUUCAUGAGUGGAUCAUGUUGAAAUCUCAUUUAAAUGUUAUUACUGCAUUAUAAUGGUCAUCUUGACGUCAUGAUGACACAGUGGAGAGGAGGAGAAGAGAGGAGAAGCAUCGUGCAUGUGUAGGCUAUACGCGAAAGUGUUGGUCCACUAGCAGAUUUCCACGUGAGCAGCAUCUUCUGAUGUCCGAGAGGGUUAAGAGCGCGGGCGGCGUGCUCGCUCCUACAGCAUUACAUCACUCAGCGGUCCCGAGGUGCGAACCGAGCACUAGGUGGCAUCCUAGAUGAGUAGCCUACGGAUCCGCGUCUCUCUUCAGUCGAGACAUCCAGUCAGCGGCGGCGGGUGUCUCAGGGAACAGUCCCGCGCUCGCUCCCAAACACAAUGCGCAGGUGACAAGAAGCGGCUUCCAGGAGUUCGUCUCUGACCCGUGCCGGCUCAAGGACUAGAUCAGCGCUGACUUCGCCGUCCGCAACGUCGCAGGAAGAUGCUCGGCCUCACCCCACAAGUCCAUGGCUAAAUCAUUAGGGGUACUCUGGAGAAACAGGUGUCGGGGAAGUGACGUCACGAGCCUCGGAAACCGGAGGUGUGCGCUUCGGAGAGCAAGAUGGCAGCGAAAUCCGACGGUCGGGGGGUCGUCACCGGUUUCGCCCAGCUGCACAACCUGGACGAGACGGUGGGGAGCUGCGAGGACGACCCGCGGCAGGGCAGCUCCUUCCACAUCUGCCACUGCUGCAACACCUCGUCGUGCUACUGGGGCUGCCGGAGCGCCUGUCUGCGUUACCUCCUGGGCAAGGGGAGAGACGCCAGGCUGCCACUUCAUGUCCGGCGGCCACCUUACGAGAAGCGCCUGUGGCUGGACUGCCUGUGGAUCGUCCUCGCGCUCCUCGUCUUCUUCUGGGACGUGGGGACUGACUUGUGGCUCGCGCUCGACUACUACGUCAAGCAGGACUACCUCUGGUUCGGACUCACACUGUUCUUCGUGCUGGUGCCGUCGGUGCUGGUCCAGAUCCUGAGCUUCAGGUGGUUCGUGCAGGAUUACACGGGUGGCGGCUUGGGCUCCGUGGAGGGUCUCAGCUGCAGCCUGGGCCCAGGGGUGCACGGCAGGGCCAGAUGCUGUCGCUUGUCCGUGUGGAUCUGGCAGACGCUCAUACACAUCCUUCAGAUGGGACAAGUGUGGAGGUACAUCAGAACAAUGUAUCUUGGAAUCCAGAGCCGCAGACAAAAGGAGAACCAGCGACGCUUCUACUGGGCCAUGAUGUACGAGUAUGCCGAUGUCAACAUGCUCCGUCUAUUGGAGACAUUUCUGGAAAGUGCUCCACAGCUGGUUCUCCAGCUUUGCAUCAUGAUCCAGAAGAACCGGGCAGAAACGCUGCAGUGUGUGUCAGCAGUCGCGUCUCUCCUCUCUCUUUCCUGGGUUCUGGCCUCGUACCACAAGCUUCUGCGUGAUUCCCGCGACGACCAAAAGAGCAUGAGCUACCGGGGAGCGCUGGUGCAUCUUCUGUGGCGUUUCUUCACCAUUUCUUCUCGGGCUCUAUCUUUCGCCCUCUUUGCCUCAGUUUUCCACAUCUACUUUGGCAUUUUUGUGGUGCUGCACUGGUGUGCCAUGGCCUUCUGGGUAAUCCACGGAGGCACCGACUUCUGUAUGUCCAAGUGGGAAGAGGUGCUAUUCAACAUGGUGGUAGGCGUGGUCUAUGUCUUCUGCUGGUUUAACGUCAAGGAGGGAAGGACCCGAUUCCGCAUGGUGGUUUAUUAUUCACUGGUGCUGGUGGAAAAUACCAUCCUUACUGCUCUGUGGUACACCUACAGAGACCCGGUCACUACCGACUCCUACGCUGCAUCCGCCCUCUGCGGCGUCUUCCUGUGCUUUGCCUCCGGAGUGGCCUGUAUGGUCCUCUACUACGGCGUCCUGCAUCCCAUGGGGCCCCGACUGAGGGUGCUGGCAAGUUCCUGCUGUGCUGAGCUGCUCUGGGGCCUCCCCUUACCACCCGAGGCUGAGCCCAUGGCUCCCACUCCGGGGCCUCGGGGCUCCCAAGCCACCCCGACCAGGGGGAUGGCUUCAGGGGACUACAGCGAGCCAGAGGAGGCUGCCACAGACACUUGUCUACCAGUGUUCCAGGUGAGAUCCACAGAGCCCAAUGAUGCGGCAGGUCGGCCCAUCCCCCCCGAGGGGCCCCUCAUCAAGAUCGACAUGCCCAGGAAGCGCUACCCAGCCUGGGAUGCUCACUUUGUGGACCGACGUUUGCGGCGGACCAUAAACAUCCUCCAGUACAUCAGCCCCAAUGCGGUGGGCAUCAGGUACAGGGAUGGACCCCUCCUCUACGAGCUGCUCCAGUACGAGUCCUCCCUGUGAAGGUGUGCGAUGCCGCUCUUUCUUUUCUAUCAUGCCCUCUCUGGUUCUCCACUUCCCUUGGUGCUUUUUCUUCAGAGUUUUUAUUUAGCUGUGCUCUGAAGCUAUAAGAGUGCAUCUAAAAGAGUCUAAAUGGAGAAUAUUCAUCAUAUAUUUUGACUAACACAGUAUAGAGUUGGAGAACAAAUAGUCCGAAAUACAACAUUCCCUAGUUUGGGUUACUAUGGUGUGAAUGUUCAAAUAAUGUGUAUGUUUGAUGGUGUGUGUGGCCCUGUCGCCUCUGAUGUGUAUGAUGGGAAUGAUGGAGGAACAUAGUCUUUAGCAUCCUCAUUCUGAUUUAGUUUUUACCAUUUUGUGCCUACGUUUUUCCCAGGCAGUUGUGGUGACAACUGAUCUUAAAGAUGGCAAAUGAGUUAAUAUUAGCUAGACACUAAAAAGCACAUUUGAUUGUCAAAAAUAGCACAUGAUGACCCACUCCUUUUCUCCUUUGGUAAAGGGGGAAGAGGCUUGAAAUUGUUGGAAAGUGCACCAAAAAGGUACAAUCACUUUUCAAAUAAAAUGCGAUGAUAUGUAAAAAUUGGUGUUAAAUUUUGGUGACGGCCUACCAUAUUACACUGCCACCACUAUUUUGAUCAUCAAGGGCCUUAAUAUUUUUCUUAACACUUGUUUUCAUACUGAAUCUCACUAGUGAUGUGAUAAUCUUCAGCUCUGUAAUCUGAGGGAGUUGAAUAUUUGAAUUUUUUAAAUAUGGCCCACUAUUUUUUUUAACCCAUCUGUAGUAUGUGAGAAUGCACUUUAUGACUGCUAUGUCUAAAAAAAUGGGACAUAUUUUCUUAUAUACACUACCGUUCAAAGGUUUGGGCUUAGUAAGGAUGCAUUAAAUUGAUCAAAAGUGACAGUAAACAGUACAACUUUUCUAUUCUAUUAUUUAAUCAAAGAAUCCUAAAAAAUGUAUCAUGGUUCCCACAAAAACUUUUAAACGGUAGUGCAUAUGAUUAUUAUUUUUUAUAUAUAUGGCACACUGAUAUAUUUAACCCAUUUAUAUUACAUGUGAGCAACUGAUGAACGCUAGAAAGAAUAAAUAGGACAUAUUUCCUAAGUCCUUCCAUAAAUAAACACAAACACAUAAAAAAUAAACAACUAUUUUGUCAUAUAAUUUACAAAAUGUGUUUAAUGUGAAUUUAACAUGCAAAUCCAUUGGUUUUAUUCAAGGAAAAAUAUUAAGUUAUAUGACUAAACAAACCAUAAUGAAAUAGACUAGAUCAAAGUUAUUUUUGAGGGUUAGAGAAGUAACAAUUGCUUGUUACCAUUUUUACAAUGUAAUAUUGAACAGAAAUAUUUGCAGUGUGUGGUGCUCAACUCUAACCUUUAGCACUCCUCCAUCAUUCCCUGUACAAAAUUGCAUUUUUCUCUCCACUUAAACCUUUUCUUCAGAAAAAGGAUAAUGGUUUCUUAAAAGGUGAAGAACCAUGACACAUUUACAUGUGUUAAUGGUAUACCAUUCGCAUUCAAAAUGUACUAUACUCAUUUUUGAUAAAAGAAAAAGGUUCUUUAUUUGAAUUGUGCAAUAUUUUUUUGAAAAUGUACUUUGAAAUGUUUGGAGAAAAAGGUGUUGCUUUUGCCUGCAAUUAGCUAAGUUUAUACACCACCAUCGAAUGCAUGCCAAGGUUGCACAUAUUGAAGAUUGACUAGGUUGCCAGGUGCCAACCAACGAAUGAGGGUUUCUAAUGUGCAAGAUUGAAUUAAACAUCCCAUUUUCUGUUUUUCUUUUUUUUCUGUAUCCUAUAUAUGGUGCACUUAGAACGAACCUGAGGGUUACCUCUACAAAAAGCCACUUGUUUACCUCCAAUCCUGAGGUAAUAUUCCCCUGAUUUCAUCAAUUCAGUUGAGAAUGAAUUGCUCUGUGAAGGCUGAGGUAAUUUUAUUUUUUUUCUAUGCUUUGUUUAGCAUCCAGGCGAGAUAAAUGCAGAAAUUAACAUGGGAUGCCAAGUUUCACCGCAUUUGGCUGCUACAAACCCCAUUUGUGCCUGCUGAAAUAUUCCAAGCAGACUUCAGAUCGGUUGUAGUUGACGAUGUGGAGGGUUUGUUUUGCCAGGGAUGGAAAAGAACAUGAGGAUAGAAAAUAGCUAUCAGUGAGUGUGUGUAUUCAAGUGUGUGUAUGCAUGUGACUUUGGUUUGUAGGUCUUACAUCUUCAGCUCCAUCCUUGGUUGCUGCUCUGACCCCUCCACCGCUCUCAUGCGAGUGUUAUUUUAGGAUAUUUGACUAUGUUUCAAGAUAACAACUUGGAUUUACAGCCUGGCCAAAGGGAAUGGGGGACGGGCAGGUGAUUUCAUGCAAGUCUCAUUCCAAAACAUCAAUAUACCGUAACCUUCGCAAUAUCAGGUUUUCAGUUUAAGCAAACGAACGCAACAGCUCCAUUUCCUGUUCCCUGUUCCCUUCCAGUGCCUAAAAAGCCACCGAUAUUCCACUCCUGUAGGUGCUUGGCACAUAAAUGCAUUGUUGUUUGCUGGGAUAUCACCAACCCUGUUAACACUAUGACGUGUGCAACGACUACUCAUUUUUACGGUUGCGUGACUCGGCUGCCUGGCAUCCCAUGAUACGUUCAUAGUCCAAUUACAGAAUCGGUAACCGCUAACGCACUUGAGGAAAGACAGUUCAGGUGAUAUUUUCAACUACACUGUGAUAUUUUCUUCUAUUAUUCCACUAGCAUGAUGUGUAGUGACCAACAUUGCCACGUUUGAUCAGAUAUAGGGGCGGGAUUUGCAACAAAUCCAAACCUGCACAGCAUGCAUAUAAUUCCCAAUUGGUUCGUUUUAGAUUACUGUCUUACUAGUCAAAUGAGUUACGCAUCAGAUUUGUUUAUGUUAAAUUCAUGCUGCCAUUUGUAGACGUGGAGGGUGGGAUGGGUAUGUGGGACCAGUCUCUAAUAUCUGAUUCUUUGUGGUGCCUUGUCUUUUUGGGUGCUUCUGUGCAGCCAUGGCAGCCAGUGCAGCAAACAACAAUGCCAGUGUCUCUGUCUCCAUUCAUAUUUCACACUCAGUACUGUAACAAGCCAGUCAAUUUUGUCCCGUACCCACUCAAAAAGUGCUCUCUAGGUAAAUCUUUGCAAAACGAAAUGAUCUGCUUAUUAAAUUAACUUAAAGGCAAUACUUAACAUCUACUUGAAUGUUGGGUUCCACACUUUUCCUGAAGAUGAAAUACACAGACCGGUUCCAUUCGACUAUUCUCAAGGGUUUUGUUUCUGAUCGAAUGCGAAAAAGGAAUGAGAUUUGGCUUGUUUGGGUACUAAAUGACAGUUAUGAUGAAGUUAGCAAUUUAUUUAAUGAUUGUUAAUGUACCUCUGUCUAUGCCUUCCUCUGUCUUGCGAAACGAAUGAGCUGUAGUGCCAACAAGUUAAUCUUUCUCUCUGUCGUUUGUCUUGUGAACAAAAAUGUCUAGCCAAAUGGAUUUAUGCCUGCAAAAAAAAAGAAGAAAAAAAAGAAAAAAUUUGUGUAGACCAAUAAGAAUAGAAAAAAAAUGGGGGUACGUAAAUAUGGUGCUGACUGGAUUGAAUAUUUUAACUAAAACCUGGGAUGGCAUUAGACACAUUUUAAAGGCCUCUAGUGCUGAACCAUCUUCAGACUGCUUCUACAUCCUUUGGAUUCUUAGCAUGCCCGCAAAAUGCAUCCUAUGGUGACCCCUCCAACACAUGUGCAUGUUUACUUCAAUGAAACGCCCCACCCAUCGCUCCUGGGUCCUCUACACGCUCAUCCAGUCCAGUUCUGUACAGUGGUUCCGCAAUGAUCAGUAUUGAUAUAGAGCCAAAAGUUCUGAUGACGAAACAACCACAAAACGGUGCAUUUUUGUUUCUUGACCUGGUGCUUCUCAACAUAUUCUAAAGGUGCUACCACGAAUGUGGACCGCAGGACCCCUGUUGUGGCUCACUAAGCAAGGCCACCGUCCGAUAGACCUGCCUCUUUAAGCUCACGGACUCUUUCCUCUCUGGAAGAACAAGCACCUCAACACAGUUUACAGCCAAACAUCUCUCUUUGAAAUAUGGUGCCAUUUAUUAUGUUUCAAGCUGUACAAAGAAGCAUCGGUGCAGCAAAUAUGUUUCUUUUUUUACUUCUUCCCCGAAUUUUUGGUUUAUUUUUAUGUAUUUUAGUUUUUAAAAAAUAUGUUUAGGCGUUUAGAAUCUGCACUAGGAUUUCUCGUAAGAGAAAAAAAGAUGAAAAUGCAUCAUUUUGACAUUCAUCUAUACAGGCCUAAAAGUACUACUGGUAAAAAAGGGAUCGCUAAACAUAUAGAAGGUGAUUGCUGUGUUGUAUAUUCCUGUCAUCUCUAUGUCUUAAACCUAUGUGUAUUUCUUCUGUUAUUGUAGAUCUGGCUGUAUAUUUUGUUGGAAAUGAUCUUAUUAAUGAUUAUGGUUAUCAGAUGAAUUGCUGCUGAUUUUAGAGUUGUUAUCCAUGCUGUUGGACACGGGUAAAUUACCUGUAAAACAGAUUGUGUUAGAUCGUCAUUGUAUUUCUCACACGGGCUGUUAAAGAAAGAGGGCACAAAGUUAAGCAAAUGAUUUGCUACUAUCUGUAAAACAUUUCUUUUUUUUCAUAACUGACUGUACUUAUUACUUAUGUUGAGAAAAAAAAAAAGAUUUAUUUGAUGUUGUCAAAUACAAAUGAAAGUG